AUGUCUUCAGCACAAAUUUAUAAUCAAACACCUUUUUUAUACAAAUUGCCUUUGCCAAAGUCACAACAAAAGAUUUUUGAGGCUGGAUUUGAAGAUAAAAAUAAUAACACCAACGUUUUGCCAUCGAUCUCGUCAAAUCUUUCGAGAGCCAGCAAGGUUUCCUUAUCCGACCUGUUACUUCCACAACCAUCCGCACCAGUCAUCGAAGUAAAACCAAGACAACAACAACAACAACCACAACAAACAAUUAACAAAAAUGUUUCAACCUCUAUCCCAGCUCAACAAUUAAUGAUGCUCGUGGAAAGUUUUGGUCAACAACAAAAUGAAAGGCAAAGGUCCAAAGAACAAUACAAUCCAGUUGUUCGUAGCUAUCACCCAUACCCAUCGACUCAACGUCCAAUCUCAUACCACUACCAAACUAGUGCCACUAGCUUUGGAAUCAAUAAAGCCAACUCUGAGGUUAUACUUCGUACCAGUGGCGGAUCGAAGGGUGCGAGCUCCUCUGACCAACAAACCACCGAAUUGUUGUCCCAUCAUCAAUUCCGAACGUUGUUGGACACGGUUUCUUUUGAGGAAGGUAAUCUUGAACUAUCUAGCGAUGAUUCAAGUGCUAUCACCUCACCAACCAUGUCCACCAGCGUUCCAACGCCGCCAUCCUCACCGAUGGCGUCGCCCCGUACAAACAUUCAAAGUCAGCUGCUCAGUUCAGCUGCAUCUUCACCUGCCAAUUCUCCAUUGAUGUCACCUGUUAUUUUGAAUUCAACAACAACAACACCAAACAACAAUGUUAAUUGUCAACCAAAGCAACAACCACAACAGAUUCACCCAUCUGUCAUAUUAAAUCAUCUUCUUUCCCAAGAGGAUUAUCAAAUUUUACAUGCUAAAUUGCAACAACAAUUGCAACAACAUCUAAAAUAUCAACAACAACAACAGCAACAACAACAUCAACAAUUGCAACAACAACAACAUCAACAACAACAACAGUUGCAAGCACAACAACAACAACAACAUCCACAACAAAUACCAUUGCAAGCUAAUCAUCUCUCACAAGGACACCUCACUCCACUCGAUUGCUUCCGUACUAUCUUCCAAAAUGUUAUUUGUCAACUCGCCGAUAUAAUCUCAAAGGUGCGUAACAACGAAUCCUCGAGCAUCACUGCAUCGACACACUAUUUGGGCAGCCGAUUCCCAAUUACCAACACCAUCAUCGAGUCAUUCAUUGUUGUCUCGCUGUUUAUCAACUCACACUCUCUCGAUCGCAUCUCUGACUACUGGAGCACCGAGCAAGCCAAGGUCUUCCCAGACGUCGGUCAGAUCCCACGCAUCCUGUCACGCAACAAGUACUUUGAGAUCAAAUCCAGUCUCUCCAGUGUCCUGACAGGUGAGCUCUUGGAACAACUCCAAACUCAACUCCAGUUGGACAUCUCGCGCAACAGUCGUACACCCAACCCAGAGCCACUGCAAGCCAGUCGCUUCAAAACACCGGUGAAGCACCGCAACUCCACCAAAGAGUUGGCAUCAUUCAACUUGCUACUCGAAUAUGGUUUAUCACACGUUUGUGAUCUGUUCAACCAUCAACGUUCAAACAAUGGUGGUAAUACCCAACAAAACUUUAUCCCAUUGGUACAGGUCGUCGAGAUACUCACCGAACAAAUCUGUCCAUCCAAUUCCGAUAGUCAUGUAGUAGGUGGUACUAUAACUACUUUUACCAAUAACAACAACAACAAUAACAAUAACAACAAUAAUGGUGAAGAUCAACAAACACCACAUUCACCAACAUCAUCAUUCUCACCGCAUCAUCAUCAUUUCCAAAAUUAUCAACAACAACUUCAACAACAACAUAUCUUGUUACCACACUCUAAUAACAAUACCAGUAUCAAACCAAUCAGAUGUUUCACUUGCAAAGCCUCCAAUUCUUUGCCAAACCGACCAAUUUUGAAAUGUAACAAAUGCGCAUUGUCUUACCACAAAGAAUGUUUUGUAUUGUCUCAUGAAUAG